AUGAGUGACAAUGAUCCACCAUUCCACUCUCAUGAUUUCCAGCAAUUUGCGACCAAUUAUGACACGGAACAUCUGGCCAGUUCUCCCCAUUACCCACAGCGUAACGGGAAAGUAGAAAACACAAUCAAGACUGCCAAGAGUUUAUUGAAGAAAUCUAAAGCGGCAAGAUCACACAUCUACCUAGCGCUGCUAGAAUGGAAAAAUACGCCCUCUGAGGGUUUACAGAGCUCCCCAGCACAAAGGGUGUUCGGUCGUCGAACUCGAACACUGAUACCAACCACCAGUCAACUACUCAAGCCCAAGAUAGUGGAAGAGGUCCUAGAUAAACUCUUCAGAAGGAAACAUUUGCAAGAAAAAUACUACAAUAUUAGAGCUAAAGAACUACCACCCCUAAACAGUGGAGAAGCUGUGCCUGUCAAGCCAACAGAUAAGUCUGACCAAUGGUACAAGGCGCGAGUAGAAAAGCAAGUCGAUGUGAGAUCAUAUGAUGUGAGAACUGAGGAUGGUCGACUUUUUAGAAGAAAUAGGAGACAACUCAGAAGCAGCAAAGAACCAGUAGGUUCUAGUAACAGUAAAAACCCUGUGACCCCCAGCAUACCAGAUAUGACGUCCAGAUAUGAGCCAGUGCCACGAACCUAA